AUGGAAGGAGUUCGGAACAUAUUGGACAAGAAGCCGCCGUGGCGAGAUUGCGCAGUUGUAAUAGGCAGUUGGCUACUCGGAUAUGUGUGCGCGAACACCUCAGCGACGAUCGCUCGGGAGAGUUUAAUCAAAAUCGCUCAGUCUUCGCCCGGCCAGUUGACGAGAAGACUACUCGCCGACUUCCCUCUCGACAAAUUAUUCGGACAAACAAUUUUCGAGAUUUCAAAUUCAAACUAG